AUAAGAAGGGUAUUAAGACAAGUAUCCAGGUUAUGAACAUUAAAAAUGAAUUGAUGAAGAAUGGUGUUGAUAAUGUUAGAAAUAAUAGAGACAUUAAUAUAAUAAAUGUAAAGGAUACUGAAAGGAGAAGUCCUGAAAGAGAACACAUACCUAAUACUCAAGCAAUAAAUAACAAAUGGCCAAAAAAUCUUGAUCCUAAAAUAGAUAAUGUUGAUGAAACUGCUAAAAGUGUUGUGGAUAUUAAAUGCAUAGAUGAUGGGGAAUGUAUAAAAGAGAAUUCUAAGCACUAUAAGAUUCAUGUGAUGAUGAUAGAUGAUGAGGAAUUGGCGUUUAUGAUAGAAACAAAAAAGGAAGUUAAAAAAGAUAAAACAAUGGUUGAUAAUAAAGGAAAAGUAGAUAAUAAAGAAGGAGGGUUAGUAAAAUAG